AUGGGGAUGGGGCGUGAAAUUGAGGACCAGAUGAAGCUCGAAACGUGGACCAAGGUGGCCAGAAAGAUGGUUGAAGAAGCCGGCCACUUCAUAAUCCCGUUGCGAUGGGUAUAUGCAUAUAAACUGGAUGAGCAGGGCUACGUCACUCGCUUUAAAGCCCGACUUGUGGUCCGUGGAGACCAGCAGCCGGAAGACAACGAGGACACAUACGCGGCCACACUACGAGCAAGAACCUUCAGAGUGUUAAUGGCCCUCUGCUGUCUUGAAGACCUUGAAACAGAACAGUACGAUAUGCCACCAGGCUACCUUGAGCCUGGGCUAUGCUUGAAGCUUCUCAAGGGACUAUACGGGCUUCGAAUCGCUCCAAGGCUGUGGUUUGAGGAGCUCUCGGGCUUCUUCAAGAAGCUGGGCGCUCAACAACUCGUCGAAGAUGCCUGCGUGAUGACUUAUAAAGGAGUCAUCAUCUUCUUCUUUGUGGAUGACAUCGUGAUGAUGUAUCCAAAAGAAAAGAAGGCCGAAUGGGAAGAACUUCACGCUGCCAUUAUGAAGGAAUAUACCAUCAACCACAUGGGGAACUUCGCUGGUUCCUAG